ACUUUCCACCUGUAUCCCCAACAGUAUAUAUACCCUACACUCUCUCCUGUUACUGGAAAAAAAUUGCCCCUUCCCAAACCCAUUUUCCGAUCAACAAAAAUGUUAUUCCGGUUAGGUAUAUUCCUGUUAUCAUUGUUGUUGGUCAAUCCAAUCCUAUCAGAAUCCGCAGUUUCCAGCAUAGAUCUGGGAUCAGAAUGGUUCAAAAUCGCCGUGGUUAACUUAAAACCUGGACAACCCCCAAUUUCCAUCGCGAUUAACGAAAUGUCCAAGCGGAAAACUCCGUCACUGGUCGCAUUCCACUCGGGCAGUCGAUUAAUCGGGGAAGAAGCUUCUGGAAUAACCGCUCGAUAUCCGAACAAGGUGUACUCACAUCUCCGUGAUUUAAUUUCAAAACCCUACCAACAUGUUGUCAAAACCCUAGCAUCGCGUUACUUGAAUUACGAUACUUCCCCCGAGGGAGCGCGAAAUGUGGCUGUUUUUAAAACCGAGAACGGUGAUUUCACUGCGGAGGAGCUGGUAGCAAUGUUGUUGAAGUAUGCGCUUGGAUUAGCGGAGUCGCAUACUCGGGGGGCACCGGUGAAGGAUGCUGUGGUUACUGUGCCGCCGUAUAUGGGAGUUGCGGAGAGGAAAGGGCUGCUUGUUGCUGCUGAAUUGGCUGGUAUCAAUGUGUUGGCGCUUGUGAAUGAACAUUCUGGUGCAGCAUUGCAGUAUGGGAUUGAUAAAGAUUUUUCUAAUGGUUCGAGGCAUGUGAUUUUCUAUGAUAUGGGUGCGGGUAGUACUUAUGCUGCGUCGGUGUAUUUCUCGGCUUAUAAUACUAAGGAGUUUGGGAAGACUGUAUCGGCUAACCAAUUUCAGGUUCAGGAUGUUAGAUGGGAUGCGGAGUUGGGUGGUGAACAUAUGGAAUUAAGAUUGGUUGAGUAUUUUGUUGAUGAGUUUAAUAAGCAGUUAGGAAAUGGGGUUGAUAUAAGGAAGUUUCCUAAGUCAAUGGCGAAGUUGAAGAAACAAGUUAAGAGAACAAAGGAGAUUCUCAGUGCAAAUACAGCUGCUCCGAUUUCAGUUGAAUCUAUUUAUGAUGAUCGGGAUUUUAGGAGCUCAAUAACUCGUGAGAAGUUUGAAGAGUUAUGUGACGAUUUGUGGGACAAAGCUCUUGUACCUUUAAAGGAAGUUCUUACUCAUUCUGGUUUGAAAAUAGAAGAUAUUUAUGCAGUGGAGUUGAUUGGAGGUGCCACAAGGGUACCCAAAUUGCAGGCUAAGCUGCAGGAAUUUCUUGGAAGGAAAGAACUGGACAGACAUUUGGACUCCGAUGAAGCAAUUGCACUUGGUGCCUCAUUGCAUGCUGCUAAUAUAAGUGAUGGAAUCAAAUUGAAUCGUAAAUUGGGAAUGAUUGAUGGUUCUCCAUAUGGAUAUGUGAUUGAAGUGGAUGGUCCGGAUCUUCCUAAAGAUGAAAGCACCAAACAAAUGACCAUACCGCGUAUGAAGAAACUACCCAGCAAGAUGUUCAGAUCCAUUGUUCACAACAAGGAUUUUGAAGUUUCACUAGCAUAUGAAAGCGAUGACUUCUUGCCACCUGGGACUCCUUCGCGUACAUUUGCUCAGUAUGCAGUGUCAGGUCUUGCUGAUGCCAGCGAGAAGUAUGCAUCACGGAAUCUAUCUGCCCCUGUCAAGGCUAAUUUACAUUUCUCCCUUAGUAGAAGUGGAAUAUUUUCAUUUGAUCGAGCAGAUGCUGUUAUUGAAAUAACUGAAUGGGUCGAAGUUCCACGAAAGAAUCUGACAGUGGACAACUCAACCUCUGCUUCUGCGAACACAUCAACUGAAAGUGGCCCCAGUGGUACAGAGGAAAGCGAUGAAAAGUUGAAUACAGACGGUGGUAAUAGUAACACCUCUGAUCCUGGUGCAAAUGAUUCUAGCACCAUAAGUCCUGGUACAGAGAAGAAGCUGAAGAAACGGACUUUCCGAGUUCCACUUAAGAUUGAUGAGAAGACUGCUGGGCCCGGAGCACCUCUUUCAAAAGAAUCUUUUAGUGAAGCUAAAAGCAAAUUGGAAGCACUGGACAAAAAAGAUGAAGAGAGAAGAAGAACAGCAGAAUUGAAGAAUAGCUUGGAGGGAUACAUAUAUGAUACGAGAGACAAGCUUGAAUCUGAAGAUUUUGUGAAGAUAUUGACCAGUCAAGAGCGCCAGUCCUUUAUUGAGAAACUUGAUGAGGUACAAGAAUGGUUGUACACUGAUGGUGAAGAUGCUUCUGCCACCCAAUUUCAAGAACAUUUAGAUAAAUUGAAAGCUAUUGGGGACCCCAUAUUUUUCAGACGUAGUGAACUUACUGCACGCCCUGCUGCAUCUGAUCAUGCUCGAAAAUACCUUAAUGAAGUGCAACAGAUUGUGCAUGGAUGGGAAACCAACAAAUCGUGGCUUCCUAAGGGAAGAAUAGAUGAGGUUCUAAAUGAAGCUGAGAAAGUGAAGAAUUGGUUAAAUCAGAAGGAGGCUGAACAGAAAAACAUUCCUGGAACCGAGAAGCCUGCAUUUACUUCUGAAGAAGUAUAUGUAAAGGUUUUUGAUCUUCAAGACAAGGUUAACAAGGUAAAUAAAAUACCAAAGCCAAAGCCAAAGAUUGAGAAGCCUGUGAAAAACGAAACUGAAAGCAGCAAGGAGAAAGCAGACGCUGCCAACUCCUCUUCUGAGGAGGGUACCUCCCAGAAAGAACAAACAGCUGCAGAUGCAGAGAAGUCAUCCGCUGAUGAAAAAGCCGAUGCGCAGUCUAAAGAUCAUGGAUCAGAUCAUGAUGAGUUAUGAUUAUUAUCCUACAGUGACACAUCAAAGGCUAGAUAUAUGCAAAUUACAAAGAGGAAGAGAUAGCAACUUGAAUUGUAGAGUAUAUACUGAGUCGAACCCAUCUUUUUCAUGGAAUGCUUUUUCUUGCCAUGCUUUGGGAGUCGUCGCUCUCCAGGCAAUCUUGGGUUCAAAUAGUACAUGCAACGAGGUCUUACACUUGAUCAGUGGUAUUUGUAACACAAUAUUAAUGUAGAACAGCAGGAACAUAUUCAUGCGCCAUUUUGGCUGCAGAAAAGAAUUUUGUUAGCUCCUCUAUUUCUUUGAAUGCCAUUUGCCACCAUCCUCCUGCCCCUGAAA